AUGUAUUCUGAGGGGAGGGGCUUUACUGAGGUGGCUACUCUGUCCCUCACCUACACUGAGGCUCAGAGAUCGAUGUCAUUUCAAGCAAAGCCACAACACAUGUCUCUUGAGCUCUCUGGGUAGAGAGCAGGCUUGUGAGCCACUCGUGAACUGGUUGGAUGGAGAUCUCUGGCCGGGCCUUGAACCGCAGCUCUCACCUCUCCUCCAGCUCCGACCCCCGGGCCCCGCUCGGGUUCUAAGAUGUCCGCCCAGCUGCGCAACCCCCUGUACUCGCCCCUCCUGCGGCGGGCCGGGGAGCUCCGCCGUUCGGGCGCGUUCUGCGACGCCGUGGUCGUGGUGGACGGCCAGGCCUUCCGGGCCCACAGCCUGGUGCUGGCCUGCGCCAGCCGGGAGCUGGAGCGGCGGCUGACCGUCGCCGAGGACGACCGCGACCACGACGACCGCCGCGACCACGACGACCGCCGCGACCACCAUGACGACCACCACGACCACCGCCGCCGCUGCACCAUCGACGCCCUCUCCGCCCACGCCUUCCGGCAGGUCCUGGACUACGCCUACGCGGAGGUGCUGGAGGUGCCGGUGGCAGACCUGCCGGGGCUGGCGGAGGCCGCCCGGGCCCUGGGGAUGGAGGAGCUGGGGAGGCAGUGCCUGGCCUGGCUGGAGAGGGCGGACCCCGGGCCGGGCGCGGGACACCGCGGGCGCAGGUCCUCGGGCUCCGCCGGAGGGGAACCCCAAUCCUCGGAGGCGUCCCCCGGCAGCACUGACCUGGAGGGGCCGGGCUCCCCUCCCCACGACUCCCCCCGCAGCAGGGAGCCCAAACCCGAUGAGACGCUGCGCAGAGUCAGCGUCAUCGCCAGUGCCGCCCCCCACCUGCCCGCUCCCUCCCCCACCAGGCCCCCCAAACUUGGGUGGGGCGCGGGAAUGUCCCCUUCCACUACAGAUUUCUCCAUCCGCACCCUCCAGUCCUCCCAGCCCUUACUGGCUUACUCCUUCCCCUUCUCCACGCCCGUGUACCCACUCUUCCCUCCCCAGACCCUCCCCCAAGUGCACGACUCCAUCUUCAGCUACGCCAGGCUGCUCCACCCCUUCCACCACAGCCUCCUCCAAGCGCCGCAGAAGCUGGCCGCCUCGAUGAAGCACGGCCCCCUGGGAAAGAAGGCCUCGGUGGACGUAGCGCUGAUGGACGCCGUGCCAGGUGGUGGGGAAAGGAAGUGUCAGAGAACUGCAGACAGGGUCUUCUGCUGCUCGUACUGCCACAGGGAGUUCCUGGACACCCGAGGGCUACAGAGGCACGAGGUCACUUCCUCCGUCCCACUGGAGCCCCUGUUUUGUCCAUCCUGUGGGAAGGCUCUCCCAGGAUCAGCAGAGCGCGGCCCCUCCUCCCCCACAGCCAGAGGGGGUCCACCUGUGCUCGGAGUCGCGGCGAUCUCUCACCGCGCUCUCCUGCACCCAGGACAGCCAGGUGGACCACCACCGCUGCUCUCCUCCCAGGGAUCAGUCCAGAGAGGUGGCUCCACCGCUGCUCUCCUCCCAGGGAUCAGUCCAGAGAGGUGGAUCCACCACUGCUGCUCUCCUCCCAGGGAUCAGUGCAGAGAGGUGGAUCCACCACUGCUGCUCUCCUCCCAGGGAUCAGUGCAGAUAGGUGGCCACCGCUGCUCUCCGGAUCAGGCAGAGGUGGAUCCAGCCCGCUUCUCCCAGGAUCAGUCCAGAGAGGUGGAUCCACGCUGCCUCCUCCAGGCGAUCAGGUCCAAAGUGGUCAUGUGCUCUAGGACUCAGAAGGUGGAUCCAGCACUGCUGCUCUCCUCCCAGGGAUCAGUGCAGAUAGCUGUCCCCUCUGCUCUCUCCCUCCCUCUCUACUCUCCGUCCCCUGUUCUGUCUCCCUCCCUCUCUACUCUCUGUCCCCUCUGCUCUCUCCCUCCCUCUGCUCUCUCCCUCCCUCUCCACUCUCCAUCCCCUCUGCUCUCUCCCUCCCUCUCUACUCUCCAUCCCUCUGCUCUCUCCCUCCCUCUCUCUCUCCAUCCCUCUGUUCUCUCCCUCCCUCUCUUCUCUCCAUCCCCUCUGUCUCUCUCCCUCUCUCUCUACUCUCUGUCCCCUCUGCUCUCUCCUCACCUCCCUCUCUACUCUCCAUCCCCUCUGUUCUCUCCUCACCUCCCUCUCUACUCUGUCCCCUCUGUUCUCUCCUCACCUCCCUCUCUUCUCUCCAUCCCCUCUGCUCUCUCCCUCCCUCUCCACUCUCCAUCCCCUCUGCUCUCUCCCUCCCUCUCUUCUCUCCCUCCCUCUGCUCUCUCCCUCCCUGGAGCAGGUGAGGCCACGCUGGGCUGUGAGUACUGCGAGCGCUGCUUCAAAGAUGAGAGCUCCCUGCGCUCGCACCGCCGGAUCCACAGCGGGGAGAAGCCCUACCAGUGCCAGCGCUGCCCCAAGAGGUUCAGCCUCAAACACCAGCUGGACACCCACUACAGGGUGCAUACUGGCGAGAAGCCCUUCGAGUGCCGCCUGUGCGGCCAGCGUUCGCGGGACUACUCGGCCAUGUCAAGCACCUGCGCACCCACGGGGGAGCCACCCCGUACCAGUGCACCAUCUGCCUGGAGUACUGCAACAGCCUGGCAGCCAUGCAGAAGCACCUCAAAUCCCACCCCGUCCAGGACUUCCCGCCCGACUGGAGCAUCGGCAGCACCUACCUGUACACCUCUCACAGCUGAGGGCCGCAUUCGAGGGAGGGGGGGGCAGGGGCAGGGGCCUCCCUGCGCACGCGACUCCCCAAAACGUUCACCAUCAACCGGCUCCACUGACGAAGCUAGUCAGCGGUGGGCAACGCAGGACGCAGUCGUCAUGGGUUAG